CAAAAACCAGAAUUAUUCUUUAAACACCAAAAUCGGAAUCCUUUUUUAAAGGAAAAAAGAAUUGUUCAUGACCAAGCCGCAGAGUUUUCUGAUGCAUCUGAUAUCAAUACUAAUAUUAAAACUCCAAAUGUAUUUGCAUCUCCGCUUUUCAGGACAAGAACACGUUUAUCGUUUAAAGAAUUUCAAAAGAAAGAGAUUAAUAAUCCGCUAAGUUUAUCUUUCGAGAAAAAUGGAAAAGAAUUAAAAGACACUACAAAUGAGCCAUUUAAACUUAACCCACCUAAUUUUAAAAAGAAAACUAUUUCAGACAAGGAAAUUUUAAAUCAAGGGAAUUCCUCAGAUAAUAAAAAAGCAGUAGAACAUCCUAAUCAAGAACUUUCAAUUCACGAUAAAUCUAACGAUACUUUUGAUCAAACACCCCCAAUUCAAGAGAAACUUAGAAAGACUUCAGAUGAUGUGGAUUAUGUUGAUUAUAGUUUACUUGAUAAUCCUUCACCUCAAUCUCUAGAAUUGUCCGGGCAACCAUUAUCCGAGGAUAAACAUUUAGUUCAUGAUACAAAAUCUGGUACUUGUACAGAUCAGACAACUUUAGAUUAUAACGAAAUAAAAGAUAGUACCGAUAUACUUAAAGAAAAUGACAAAGAUAUCACCGAAAAAUCUAAUUUAUUUAAAAAACCACUUCCGGAAAAUAAUCAAAAUAAUACUAAUUCCUAUUGUUCUGGAAACCCUUCGAGCAAUACUUCAUCACCUCGAACACCUCGAACACAAAUACAAAUAUCUUACUCAAAAGUUGAUGAUCAACAGCCAAAGCUUAAAUUUCAUGAUAAAGUUGACUCUUCAAAUCAGUUUCAAGUUAUGGCAAACUUAAAUAAGGAUAACAAUAUAUUUCCUAAUACGGAACAUAGCAAUUCUGAUACAAAUGGUCAUUUAAGAAGUGAUGAUGAUUUAAAUCUAAUAGUUAAAGCUGUUCAAAGAUGGAGAGAUGAGGUGAUUAGAAGAGAUUACCUUAUAGGAGAAUUGGUGAGAUGCGUUAUAUUUUCGCGUUUUAUUUGUUAA